AUGAGUGAAAAGCAUGCAAAGUCUAAGAGUCCAGCAUCAUCAGUAAAAUUGUUGUCUAAUUUACAGGUUAAUAAGAGAUGUUUGGCAUUUCAUGGACCAUUAUUAUAUGAAGCCAAAAUACUAUGCAAGUGUAAUAAGAUGGUUGAUGAUACUUUGCUGUAUGAUUAUUACAAUAGCAGAAAUAGGCGUAUGAUGGUUAAAACUAGUACUAGACCAACAGAAGUAAAGGAGCCCAAUAAAGAUUUGCUACGGAUCUUUAAUGAAUUAUAUUACGUUCACUACAAAGGCUGGAAAAAUACAUGGGAUGAAUGGAUUGGAAUGGAUAGGAUCCGAGAAUACAAUAAAGAGAAUCUACGUUUACAGAAAAGUUUGGAAAAAGAUGUUGAAGAGGAAAAAAGUGUUGAAGAGAAAACUAGGGUUACAACUAGAAAAGAUAUUGAUGGUAUCAACCAUGAUGCUGGAAUUAAUAAUAAAAAGUUGGUUAAUAAUAGUAUUAUCAAGAAUAAUGAUAAAUCACCAUUUAACUCUAGAUAUACCACUUUCUCCAUUCAUUUAUCAUGUAAUUUGCAAAAAAUAUUGAUAGAGGAUUGGGAUAAGAUCACUUAUCAAAAAAAAUUGAUACAGUUUAUACCUUUAUUAAAAGCAAAUAAUAAUAGACAUUAUUAUUCAGUCCAAGCAUUGUUGAGAAGUUAUUAUAAUGAGGCUUGUAAAGAAAUUUCAGAGCUUUGUGUGUUGCAGAACUUGGAAGAAUUUGUUAAUGGGAUCUUAUUAUAUUUUGAAAAUUGUACGGAACAUUUCUUAUUAUAUAGGCAAGAAAGAUUGCAGUUAUCUGAUUAUAUUUUGAAUGGUAGUGGUAUUAGUAGUAAUAUUGAUAAUAAGCGUAAUGAUAAUUACAAUAAAAUUUUUGAUGGCGAUAAGAGACAAGAAUGUGAUUUAGUGUUUUAUAACAUCUAUGGAGGUGUUCAUCUAUUGAGAUUGUUGUCUAUAUUACCACAAUUAUUAUACGACACAUAUGGUUCUACUAGCAAUAGCAGUACCAAUCUAGAACUGAAAUACAUCAUAGGUUUCAGCAACAAGCUAGCACAAUGGAUGGAUUGUAAUAGAACGGAAAUAUUUAGUGGAAUUCCGUAUAUCAAUACGCCCAUUCAAUAUGAGCUAUUGUCCGGCGUUAUGUAA